UAAGGAAUAAAAGUCGACAGCCGACUGAUACCGUUCCACCUCGGCGGCGCGUCACGUACAACUCAAAACAGUCCCCGGAUCUAGUCAAUAGCUUUAUUGACGUUUCAAGCAGUCAGUAGUCAUCUUUGUACUUUGUUCGCAUUUGCAUGACGUGUACGUGAUAAUGGCAGCGGGCACCGUAAUGAUUAAUAGCCACAUUGGCUCUCCGAUAUCGAUGAUCACUUUCAGUGAACUGUUUCCAUUCAUAACACAAAUACUUUUCGGGGCCGUAUUUUUGUUUACGUCGUUUGUGUACUGGAUGUUGUACUUCAGGGCAUCUCCUUGCGUGUUUCAGCAUAGGACUGACGAUGAAAAACACUUCAUGGACGAAAACGGUCAGCAAAAACCGUUCCCUAGUCUGAAGGAUGAAUGCACUUUGGAUUUGUCAGUCAUAGUGCCUGCGUACAACGAACAAGACAGGAUAAGGCCUAUGCUCGAAUCGUGCUUGCAUUUCUUGACUGACGUUAGUCGAAAGUCAACAUUUGAAGUAAUUGUUGUUAGUGAUGGAAGUGUCGAUAGAACAUGCGAUAUUGUUAUGGAGUAUGUACAACAGUAUGGUUCAAAUCAGAUACGUCUUUUAAAAUUACAAGAAAAUCGUGGAAAGGGAGGUGCAGUUUGCUUGGGAAUGCAAAGUGCACGUGGACGUACAUUGUUAUUUGCUGAUGCUGACGGUGCAACAAAAUUUGAAGAUUUAGAUAAAUUAGAAACAGUAUUACACUACUUAGCACCAAAUGAUAUUACUGAGUGUGCUAAUAACUUACAUGCGGUUGUGUGCGGCUCACGUGCCCAUUUAGAAACAGAAUCUAAGGCUCAAAGAAGUAUAUUUCGUACUAUUUUGAUGGUGUGCUUUCAUAUUCAUGUCUGGUUAUUUGGUGUACGUACUAUCAAAGAUACACAAUGUGGCUUUAAAUUAUUCACUCGACCAGCUGCAAGAAUUUUGUUUGAUAAUUUACACGUUAAUGGAUGGGCGUUUGAUGUAGAAAUGUUAUACAUUGCUGAAAAGUUGAAAUUUAAAUUAACUGAAAUACCAGUUAAUUGGACAGAGAUUGAAGGCUCAAAAAUAGUUCCUGUGUGGAGUUGGCUGGAAAUGGGUUUUGACGUACUUAAAAUAUGGUUUAAAUAUCGCAUUGGAUCAUGGGAGAUAAUAACCGAAUAAAGGACAAAUCACCUUACAUAUUUA